AAACCUAACUGAGUUGUUUCCUGUGAAGACGGAAGUUUAUUUUGAAAAGACUGUAUUGAAGUAACGAGCGUAAAUUGACACGUUUUGCUGGACUUCUGUAAGAAAACGUAUGAGAAACGAGCAGUAACUGUUGGUGGGACAUCACAGUAACCGGUGGGUUGGUGGUGGUGGAUAUUGUUUUCCUGCUCCAGAUGGAUGAAGGCAGUUACAUAUUUUCGGGGCCCUCCCCUCUCCCAUGUAUCCAUAGACGUUGCUGCCUCCAGUGUAAAUGGGCCCUUGGAGACUUUGUCCCUUGUUAACCCGUUGUUCUGCGGCCACAGACGGGCCUACCUACACUCAGUGUGUUGUGUGGAAACUAUGACACGACUGUUUGUCGGACUCCCGGCCUCCCGGUUUCCCACACCCCUCCGGAGCCCCCUCUGAGAUUUCAAGGAGCUGCCCAUUGAGGUGAAGGGGAGGGCCUGAGCUGAGUGUGGAUGACCUGCCCACCGGAAACAGGACCAUGAUCUGAAGAGUGCGCCCCGCACACCGACACUUCUUCCUCUCCUCCUCCUCCUCCCUGUUUCUUUUCUUUUUUAAUUUUUCUUUUCGGUGUUCAUCUCUGGCGUGAUCAGCCUCCCUGCGUGCACGGAGAGGACGACAACUGAAAGAGACGACACGUUUCUCAGGAGGAAAGAAGCACAGCGACGAGCCAUCCGUGACCUCUGACCUUGCCACUCCCCCUUGCCCCUCCCGCCGCCACACCGGAAACAUGGGGAGGAAAAAGAUUCAGAUCCAGAGGAUCACUGACGAGCGCAACAGACAGGUGACGUUCACCAAGCGGAAGUUCGGCCUGAUGAAGAAGGCGUACGAGCUGAGCGUCCUGUGCGACUGCGAGAUCGCCCUCAUCAUCUUCAACCACUCCAACAAGCUGUUCCAGUACGCCAGCACCGAUAUGGACAAGGUCCUGCUCAAGUACACCGAGUACAACGAGCCGCACGAGAGCCGGACCAACGCUGACAUCAUCGAGACGUUGCGAAAGAAAGGCUUUAACGGCUGCAACAGCCCCGAGCCCGACGGAGACGACUCCAUCGAUCAAAGCCCGCUAAACGAGGAGAAGUACCGCAAGACGGAGGACCUGGACAGCCUCUUCAAGCGCUACGGCUCCACAGUCCCACAGCCCACCUUCUCCAUGCCAGUCACCGUGCCGGUGUCCAACCAGUUCAGCAACAACCCCGGCGGCGCCCUGGUCACCACCACCUCCUUCAUCACCUCCAGCCUCACAGACCCCCGCCUCCUGUCGCCACAGCAACCGGCUCUGCAGAGGAACACCGUGUCGCCAGGGUUACCACAGCGACCAGCCAGCGCAGGUGCUCUGUUGGGAGAUCUGGGGAACUCAAACGGAGCGUGCCCGAGUCCCGUCCCUAACGGUUACAUCAGCGCCAGGGCCUCCCCGGGCCUCCUCUGCGUAUCCAACGGCAACAGCCUGGGGAAAGUAGUCCCGGCGAAGUCCCCGCCUCCGCCCGGCCCUCAGAUGGUCAACAGCCGCAAGCCGGACCUGAGGGUCAUCACCUCGCAGAGCGGCAAGAGCCUCAUGCAGCUGACCGAGGAAGAGCUGGAGUUGGUGAGUGAGACUGCUCAGCGGCUCGGUGGCUCCCAGGUGACGCAGUCGCUCACCACGCCGGUGGUCUCCGUGGCAACACCCAGUCUCCUAGCGCCCUUCUCCGGCAUGCAGACGUCCUACAACACUGAGUACCAGCUGACGAGUGCAGAUCUCACGGCGCUCCAGACGUUCACACCAUCGGGGCUGGUGCCUGGCAACAUGGCUGCCUGGCAACAGCAACCGGCAGUGUCCCAGCAGCAGCAGCAGCAACAACAACAACAACAGCAGCAACAACUACAGCAGCAGCAACAGCAACAGUCCCAGCAGCUGAGCUUGGCGUCGCUCAGUAACUUGGUCAUGUGGGGUGCAGAGAAACAGAAUGCAGAGAUGGUUAACUGCAUCUCCAAUUUUGCUGCUAACCUGAGCUUGGCCUCUCAGUCCAACUUGCUCUUUGGCAGGGAGGAUGGCCUCUGCUGGUACUGUACUCUCUACACUUCAGUCACACAGCUACUUCACGCUGCCGCUCCCAAAAUAUCUGCUGCUCGGAAGAAAACCUCGGCACAGUUUGCAGAACGUUAAGCUGCACAGUUUGCUACUUAAAUGAAGGGAUGUUGAAGAUUAAAUCAUGAGUGAUUCCUCUGGGAUCAAGCUGGCAGAAGCAAUUAGUAAAAGGAUACGACUGAUGGAAAUUUGAUUAGGAAGACGGCGGUAAAGAUGCUUUGCCUUCUUCUGCACGGUUAGCAGCUGUAGUUCGGUAGAAACAAAAAAUAGCUCCUGCAUGAAACUGCUCACAGCGCCGGACGAGGAUUAUCUUCAGUAACCGAGUCAGCGUUUCUGGAAAGAGACGUUGCUGUUGAGUUUUUUCAAAUGUAUUUAUUUGGUGUUUUGAGCUCCAUAAGCCAAGUGACAUUUACUUCCAUUAUAUUGGAGAGAAGGCAACCCAGUCAUUUUUUGGAGGGUGAACUGUCCCUUUUUAAAAGAGAAAAUGAUUGUUGAAGAAGAGGCUCAGAUAUCUUAGCGUGGGUCUGAAUCCUACAUUUCCCAUGAUGCACUCCUGGCAUCUUCUCAUUAGAACCUCCCCGAAAGUUUCCACCCCAGUUUGUUCUGUGUGAAAGAGAAAGAGACUUGUGCUCCUUUAAAUAUGCAAAGACAAUUUAUUACAGAUAUCACUGACUGUCAUUUGUCAAAUUCAGUAACAAAACUGUUAAUUAUGUACAAGACGUAAAGUACUUCAGUAAUUUGAAUGUAAUUGAAGAGUUUUAAGAGUGUUGGUCCUCAGAGAAGCAGAGCAUUUUGGGAAACGCGGCUGUAUCUCAUCCCACUGCACUGAAAACCAAGUGUCUGCUUCUGGCUGUGCUCGCUGUGUUGUUAGCGCUCCGGGGGGGGGGGGGGGUAGCCUGCCGCUCUCGCCUUCAUCACUGUCACCGGCCCGCUGACUCCGCCGUUUUCUCGGCAUAGCAACGGCGCCCCCGUGGCACCGCCAUCCAUCUACCUGCGUCCGGGGCCUCAGCCACCACGCGCAGGUUUGAUGAAGUGGGCACGGAGAGAGACGGAGCGAGCCUCUCCGCCGCCGAGGGAUCUGUGUCUGUGUCUGUGUCUGUGUGUGUGUGUGUGUGUGUGUGUGUGUGUGUGUGUGUGUGUGUAUACAGGAGGGAAGGAGCAUUUGUAUGUAAGACACCAAGAGUGCAUGACUUUUUGUGUGUGUGUGUGUGUGUGUGAGUGUCAGAAUUGGAGCGAGACACCUUUGAGUGCCGCAGCCUCGCAUCGCCUGGAGGAGUGCUAUCUUAAAUUCCCUCUCAGUCUGCCAGUAAUUGAGGGAAUAUUAGAGAUGCAGCGCUGCAGUCGGCUCAUGAUAUGACAUAUUAGAACACGCCCGAGGGGGCGGGAAAGAAACGCCGUAAUUGGGAGCUUCAAAUGCAGAAUCGACCGCGUCAAGCCAGGGGGAGCGAGGGGGAGCGAGGGGGGAGGGAACGAGCACGAUCCGGGAGAAAAAAAGAAAAAAACCUGUCGACACACCGUCAAAAGGAGCGAGCCACAGUGCAGCGUCAUCACCCGGUGUCAGCCUUGGUGACAGGUUAGACUCAGCCUCCAGCCGGAGGAGGAGGAGGAGGAGGGUGGAGGGGGGUGGAGGGGCUGAUUAAACGUCGUGGCAGGUAGAGGCACAGAUGCUGACGUAAACCUUUUUGACAUCUUGAAGCACAGAAAUCCCGUUUUCCAGCAGCUUAAUGACGUGCUGGAGUGGGAUCUGGUUCAGACCAGCGUCACGUUUACAAAACUUAACAUGCACAUAUUGCUGAUGUCGGUGAAAUGUGUAACAACGAUCGGUGAGAUAGCAACCAGACUGUGGUGGUUUGACACUUGAAGCAUUCUCUUUAAAAGUAGGCCCAUUAAGGUGAGAGACGGGCUCCUCUGUGGAGUUGCUGUUAGUGGCUGAAUAAGCGCUGCACGGAAAGAAAAAGCUGCCCACUCAUUUAAUUCAAUGAGGCCACUGUGCUGAAAUCAGGCGGCAACUUCUAGUCCUGAAAAAUGAAGCAGAUGCUGAAGUCUUAAAGCUGCAUUCUCUCUAGUGUCCACCAGGGGGCGACUCCUCUGGUUGUAUAGAAGUCUAUGAGAA